AUGACGUGUGGACUGGUUGUAUUGAGUUUGGUCCUGGUGGUGACUGGGGUGAGAGGAUUCAGUCUGGAUCAUGACGGAGCCUCUCAGAGUCACUGGGAGAUCACAGAAGAAGCCGUGUUAAGAGCGACCGCCGAGGCCUGCCGCGCUGAGGCCCGAGAGGAGGGCCGCAUCUUCACCCUCCCGGCCACACUGACGCCACAGUCGCUCCUUGAGGCAUGUGAGGCUAAACAAUCAGCCGGGGACUUUGCCAAAAACAAAUUUCAAAUCAAGAGUUCGAACGCAUUAGUCAACAUCGAUUACGCCCUCGUCCCCAGUCGCCAUUUUGACAACGAAGAGUUUGAACAAGGAAAGAAGAUCAUCACAGACGGAUUACUCACCGUUAAAGUCAACAUCAAGAACGAAAACUACGGUGCAGCAAGAAGAGGACUUGGAGAAAUCCUGCACACGAUACAGGAUUUCUACAGUCACAGCAACUGGGUAGAAAUGGGGAAUGAUCACCCGUUUACAAAUCUGAUUCAAGGUGGAGACAGUUUGGAGUAUUCAACAGCCAAACACAGACCCACAUGCCGUAACUGCUCUGACGACUGCACCGGCAACAUUUUGGAAGACAUUCUCAGCGAAAGACUUCUUACUUCCGGAUAUUUCUCUCCGCGGUCAUCCAAUAUCAAGCCCACAGGGAAAUGUAGUCAUGGAGGCAAUAAGGACACCACGACCCACACAGAUGCCACCGGUGGAAUAAACAAGGACAGUGUAAACUCCAGUCACGGACACCUCCAUGAAAGAGCCGCUCGAGUCGCUACGGAGGCAUCUAUCGAACUCCUGGACGACGUACACGCAGCAGUCGGGCAUAAAAACUUCUUACGUAUGAUGGGAGUUGGUUCGGGCAAAGCCAUCAUCUUUGUGAUUGACACAACACAAAGCAUGGUUUCCGACAUUGUCUUAAUCCGGUUAGUCACAAUUAUGACAAUACAGCAGCUGGAGGGGACUGAGAAUGAGCCUUCUGUUUACAUCCUGGUGCCUUUUAACGACCCCGGUUUUGGACCAGUCACAAAAACCACAAACGGCAACGUUUUCAUAAGCGCAGUUACAAAUUUGACUGCAAAUGGUGGUGGAGAUUUACCUGAAAAGUCACUAUCUGAUUACAAUGUUGCUCCUAUUGGCUCUGAGCUUUUUGUUUUCACUGAUGCUCCUCCUAAAGACACUCACUUGAAAAACACAAUAUUGGCCCUAAUUGAAAGAACUCAAUGCGUGGUGAAUUUUGUCAUCAGUAACAAUGCUUUAAAAGAACCAAUUUACACGGAUUUGGCGAAGGCUUCUGGAGGACAAGUUGUCACCUUAAAGAAAAGCGAUGUUUUCUCAGCCCUCACACUCCUCCUCGAUUCUUCUAAUUCGGUGACGCUGUUACAAGCUGCGAGGAAGAGCUCAGACAACUUCAUGUUCUCAGUGGCCGAAACAGAGACUGAUCUGCGCCUCUUCAUCACUGGAACCACAGACUUCACCCUCGUCAGUCCUUCAGGAGUUGUUCAAGAGUCUUCAACUGGACCACUGACCACAUCUAAACAAACCGUGGGAGACCUUUUACUUGUAAGGCUGACGAAUGAAACAGGACAAUGGAAUAUCAGACUGAGGUCCACAAACUCUUACACACUGAAGAUCACAGUUAGAAGUCCAGUCGACUUUUUCUUCAGUGUAAUGCAACAGUCUGAAUUGCGCUCAACUGGUUUGGCACCAGAGACCAACAAGCCUUCAGCAGGGCAGAACGCCACUCUGGUGGUGGUGUUGUUUGGGAGUGACAGCGCCACUUUGAAAGAAGCAUAUGUUGUUUAUUCCUCGGGGGCUGGAGAAUUGAAAGGCAACAUCACGGGACACGAAGACAACGAAUAUUUAGUACACUUUGACAACUUACCAUCCGAGGAGAUCUCGGUGUGGGUCAAACUGCAGGACGGCUCCAGUUUGACCAAAACAACUUUGGAGAAUUUCCAACGACAGGCACUUACUAGCAUCCAACCCUCGUCCUUCUCCAUCGCCAGUAGUAUUCCGAGCGCUUCGUUAGAACCAGGCUCAACCUUCUUCACAAAUUUGACGAUAUCAACUGAAGGCACGGAGGGAAACUUCACCAUCCAAGUAUCAAAUAACCAAAAUCUUCCCAGUACCAUUUUCCCGGCUAUAGUUAACGUGAUGAGAGGCAGAAGCGCAAUCGCAGCUCCUGAAAUAUUCAUUCCUAAUACCACGGCGUCUGGGACAGAAAUCAUUGUGGUGGUGGAGGUUGGUGAUGCCAAGGACUUCAACUAUAAGAGGUUAACAUUGACCGCCAUCACACCGGUGACCGAUAUCCACGCUCCGGUUUUUUCUCUGCUAUCUCCUGAUCCGAACUGCACAGACACUUGCACCUCCACCUAUCAGCUCUCAAUUCUUGUGACCAACAACACAGUUUUGAACCGGAUUUUUGUCCGAGAGGGCAAUGGAAUCCUGACGUUCACCAGCACUAAAAAUGUUUUGUCUUACAACGAUUCCUGCUGCUCCCCCACGGUGGAAAUAGUGGCUGUUGAUGACGCGGGAAAUGACGAACAGUGA